CAUUCAUUAAGUAUUUUUUGAAAAGGGAAAAAGGUAGUAAUUUAUAUAAUUAUACAUAAAUAGCCUGGAGUAUUUUUUCUUUGGUAAAAUAUUGAUUAGAUAUUGUAUCAAACAUGACUUUUUAUGUACUGAAAUAAAAUAUGCAAGUAAAUUCUAAAUAAUUAAACACAUUGAUUCCAUUUUAGGGGUUUUAUUACUAUCCUUUUGGAGUGUAUGAGAUUCCAUUUCAACUGCCUAACAUACUCACUUCUUAAUAUAAGUUAGUUAACAACAAUGAAUUAAAAAUAAAACAAGAAGUUAAAGAAGAAUAUGAGUCAGAAUCAUAACAAGAAGCUUGUAAGAAAAAGAUAGUGAAGUUCAGCCCAUAUAUCUACCCAGGUGAAACUAAAAACUACUAUAAAAAUAUUGCAAAGAAAUUGUCAUCAUUCAUAAUUAAUAGUUUUGACCAUACAAUACUUAAAUAAGACCCGGUUAUUAUGCAGUUUUUAAAAAUUUAAGACCAGCAUUACAACAGAAUCCAUUUUUAAAGACUUUUUAGUUCUAAGAUUGGCAGAAAAAUGGCAAAAAAAUUCUUUGGAAAUUUUAUUUGGUGUUCCCAGUUCUUAGAACAGAAUAAGACUGAUAUCGAUUUGUACUUUAGGCAUAAUAAAUUGAUGUUUAUAAGGAAAAAAAGAUAAUAAUGCCUUUGUAAAAAGUGA